UGUGCGCGCGUGCAUGUGUAGCGCGCGUGUGCGUGUGUGUGUGUGUGUGUGUGUGUGUGUGUGUGCGUGCGCGUGUGCGAGCGUGUUCGAACGCGCGCGCGACCGUCUUCAUUCCGCUGGUUUUCGGCACGGAAGCGCCAAGUGAGUAGUGACGACCGCGUCGCGUCUACUCUUCGGCAGCAGCAGCAGCUCGCACCGACACGCGUCGCCACCCGGUGGUCCACAGUCUGUCCGUCUCGUGCACACAAGAGCGCGCGCGCUCGCUCAAGUACUCUCGCAGCACCGACGAACUUCGUGUUGCGCACCGUUCGCGAUCAACCGCUGUGCCGUGCUCGACUUUUUAUCGUUAUUAUUUUUUUUUUCCUCGUCGUCCGUAUACGUGUAUCUCAGGUACCACGUUUUUUAAAGAUAACAUAAAAAAAAAUAAACCAUGACUUCCGGAGUAGCGGACGACGAUCCGCUGCAGUCGCAGCGCUCGCCUUUGGCCACCGACGCGUGCAGCCAAAAGAAAAUAAACGAAAACAAUCGUCGGAGCAAUAAACCAAUAAUGGAGAAGAAAAGAAGAGCAAGAAUAAAUAACUGUUUGAACGAAUUAAAGACUUUGAUUUUAGAUGCAACUAAAAAAGAUCCAGCUAGACAUUCGAAAUUGGAAAAAGCAGAUAUAUUAGAAAUGACUGUAAAACACUUGGAAUCUAUGCAAAGGCAUAAUGUAGCUUUAUCUGCUGCCACAGAGUCUACAGUAGCCAACAAAUUCAAAGCUGGAUUUACAGAGUGUACAAAUGAAGUAAACCGAUUCCCUGGGCUUGAACCUCAUGUUCGUAAACGUCUCAUGCAGCACUUGAAUACAUACUUCAAUAAAGAAAGUGGAAAUAACAAUUCCAAAAUGCUUCCUACACCUCCAGAAAAACCAAAUCUACAAUUACAUUUGGACUCUAACCAGAACGCUAUACUAUUGGGCACCACUGGUUCGGCUUGCGGAGUUCAACUGGUUCCUACAAGACUUUCCAAUGGUGAUAUUGCUUUAGUUUUGCCUUCUAGAUCUACUGAAACAUCACCACCACCGCCCCUUUCUAUGAUUGUACCAACACCACCAUCCACUCAAUCUGAUUCAUCUGAUACCGAGUCGCCUAUGCCUGAUAGGCCUUUAUCGUGCUAUUCAAUGGGUAGUACUGAUAGUACAGACACAUACAGUCAGCCAGAACUUCCCCUGGCAUUGGUUACCAAACACAGACGAGACGACGAACAGUCAGAUCUAGAACAGCCCUGGCGGCCAUGGUAGUAAUAAUUUAUAUACUGGUUUCACAGGAUACUCUCAUUAAUUAAGUGUUUAUAUUUUUAUUUUCAAAACAUGUGUAUGCAUACUAUUUUGCAUUCAUUAAAUUACAUUGAAAUAUUUCUUUGUGCCAUACAUUUGAAAUCGUAGAAAUUUUUUAUUAGAAGUAAAAGGCUGGUAGCUCAUAACUAUUUCAUAAGACAGCUAACAUUUAUAUUUUUAUUUUUACAUCAUAAUUUGAGAAAUCCAAUAAUCAAUUAAAAUUAUUUUGUUGGGAUUUUUUAACGCUAAAUUGUAUAAUAGUAGGUACCUCUACUCACCAA